UAUCUAAAUGUUAAAAUGUUUUUCUAUAUAAUUAGACGCUUUUUAAUAAUAUUUCUUUGUUAUAUUUGAAUUCUAUAUAAAGUCAAGACUCCCCCCUGAGCUACAUUUAAAAUAACACAAAUAUGAAUGCUUUAUUUACAUUAUAACGACUGCUGAAACUAAUCAGAUAGUCUUAUGGGAUUCUGCAAUUCCCAAACUUAUCUGGGGCAUCCCUUUUCCUACGCCAUAUAACACAGUCUUUAUCUGUAACAUUCCAAAUCUGUUGUCCAUAUUGCACCUGUCCCAAGGUGAUGUCUUGAUUGCCUCUGUUCAUAAUUUUGACGUAAAUUACCGCAUUUAGAACCGCGGGCAGCCGCGGCAGGCAGGCACUUGCUCACAUUAUUUAUGAGUCGCCUUUCGUUGGGGAUCUCCAUCCGCUGCCUCUGGAUUUCCCGCUCAAUCGCUCUCUUUGUGUCUAUCGCCGCCUUCUGGGAGGUUUUCCCUCGAAAUAGUUUUCCUCAGUUGAAUUUUGGCGCCCGCGUGGAUCAGUCGUGCAGCCGGAGGGAAAAUCGUGCGUCUGGACUUUGGAAAAUGUGCCGUGCAAAGGCGUGGGUUUAUUUUUAGCCAACGUGCUGAUAUUUCCACACUCCCAGUGCUCCAAAUUAGACCGACGAUCGACAACUGCCAAAUUAAUUGCACAUGAAAGGCAUCGUUUGCCUGUGUGGCUUCAGGGAAGAGUUCCAGAUAGCUCCAGCAUCCGUGGAAUCUGUUAUAUAACGAAGGAACGAUUAACGAUAAUGCCCAGUAAAUUUCAGAGGAAAAGCUCCCCAGCAGCAGGUGGAGGAGGUGUAGCAGUGGGAGGGGCAUCCUCCGUUUCCUCCACGCCCAGCAAUCAGCCGAGGAAGCGGGUAAAGCGAUGCUGCCGGAACUUCGUCACCUUUAUGUGCACACAGGUGGGCGUGGGUGCCCUCAUUGUGUUCUACGCCAUCUGCGGCGCCUUCGCAUUUAUGCACAUAGAGCGGCAGUUCGUGGACGAGACCGCCGGCCAUGUGAUUGAGCUGCGCCAGAACUGCUCUCAACAGUUGUGGAGCAUCACGGAGCAGCACAACAUCGUCGAUCGCCUACGCUGGACGGAGGCGACGAAUGCCGUUCUGCGUGACUACCAGAUCAAGAUAGCCGGAGUCGUCAAGCACGGCUAUGUGGGCAGGAGUCCUGAGCAGAUCUGGAGCUUUCCGGCCGCCUUGAUGUUCUGCCUCUCGGUGAUAACCAUGAUCGGUUACGGGAAUAUGGUACCGCGAACACCGUGGGGCAAGGGAUUAACAGUGAUCUAUGCCACCUUCGGGAUACCCUUGUACAUUUUGUACUUUCUGAGCAUGGGACGAGUGCUGGCGCGCUCCUUCAAGUUCCUCUACCGCUCCAUGCACGACUGCACCCAGGAGCAUCCCGGCCUGGAUCGCCUGGACGCCCUCGAGGGUGGCGUUAACCUGCCCCGCAAGAAGGUUAUUGUGCCCUCAACCGCCUGUCUGUGGGUGAUAUUCUUCUACGUACUCACCGGCACCGUCAUGUUCGCCAACUGGGAGAAGUGGAGCUUCCUGAACAGCUUCUACUUCUGCAUGACGUCGCUGUGCAAGAUUGGUUUCGGUGACUUUGUCCCGGGCGCCUCGCUGACCACAGCGGCCGAUGUGAAUGCUGCCACUCACAAGCUGCAGGAGGACAUAGGCGCUGAUCCGGAUGAGCUGGCCCAGCUGCAGUCCGUGGCCGCUGAUCAGCACUCAAAGCUGGCCAUUAAUUUCGUGUACAUGCUGCUGGGUAUGGGCCUGGUGGCCAUGUGCCGCAACCUGAUGCGCGAGGAGGUCCGGAUGAAGAUGCGGGAGAUGAGAGAGGACGCUAAGCUAUGCAUGGAGGACACGCGGCUGCGUUUCGUGGGUUGCUGCGGGAAUCCCCGAGAGGCCUACGAGAAUGAUUACUAUUAGGAUGACCACGAAUGUUUAGGGUUAUAUUUCUGGUUAAACAAUCCGAAAUUCACUUAAAAUUUAUUAACUUGGCUAUCGAGACCUCUGUUUUUGGGCUUAGAAUAUGUAUAUUAUUUAGGAUAACUACGAAUUUAUUAAGGACAUGUUGUGUAUGAGUGAAAAGUGUGUUAACUGUGUGACUGACUAAAUCCCCAACGACAUCAAUAGUAAUCUCGAACG